UUCGCCAUGUUAUAUUGCUUAGCAUUUCUGGUAAAUCGCUGCAUCUUUCGGGUACAGGGUUUGAAAAGAAUGACCGAUCCGAUAAACCUUUGGACAUUUCUUAUUAUAAAAAUAAUGUGUUAAAUGGGGUUAACAUAGGCUCUAUCGUUUCUUUGUCAAUAUAGUCGCACAAUAUUUGCAUUGUUUAUAUGUAUUUUAUUUAUUUCACUCUCCCUCUCUGUCUCGCUCACACUCUCUCUCUCUCUCAGCGAUUAGUUUAAUAAUAUUGCGCAUUCUCACUUCUGCUUAUCAAACACAAAAAGCUCCCUGAACUUGAACGUUACUUUAAUUCAAAUCGAGCGACCAGUUCUAAUUGGGAGGCCAGCGAGUGGGGAUCGCAUCUAAUCAAAAAUGUUAAAAAUUUCCAGCGCUCUACGCAUUAUUGAAAGGCAGAGAGUGUUGACUGUUCUCUUCUCGAGCAAAUCACAACGCUGGCAAACCAAUGCCGCUGCCGCUACUGGGGAGUCCAACCCCGCUGCUCACGAUGCUGAUUGGGAGCAGGCACGUCCCUGGGAGCAGGUUCCACGAGUGAAUUUUCUGCCCUUGACACUGAAAAUGAUUCGAGGUGGCAAGUAUAACAAGCUAGAUCUGUCGAAAAUGGUAAUGGCGAUGUGGGAGGACUAUGGAGACAUCUUUCUAUUGGCCCCCAUGCUCGGGCGUCGAGCUGUACUGACCACACAUAACCCCAAAGAUUUUGAGGUUGUCUUUCGAAACGAGGGUAUCUGGCCCCAUCGACCAGGCAGCGACACUUUACGUUAUCAUCGGGAGAAGCAUCGGGCUGACUUCUUCGGCGGCGUAGAAGGGCUUAUUCCCACUCAAGGCAAAGUUUGGGGUGAUUUUCGGAGCAUUGUCAAUCCGGUGCUGAUGCAGCCGAAAAAUGUGCGCCUGUACUUUAAGAAAAUGUCUCAGGUCAAUCGCGAGUUCGUUGAGCGCAUCAAGGCCAUACGUGAUCCAAACACACUGGAGACUCCGGACAAUUUUGACGAUUACAUAAAUCGCUGGACACUGGAAUCAGUGUCGGUGGUGGCGCUGGACAAACAGUUGGGUUUGCUUGAAAAAUCAAAUGUUAAUGAACACGCUGUGAUACUUUUUCAAGCACUGAACGAUUUCUUCGAGCUUACAGCGGAAUUGGAAAUGAAACCGUCGCCAUGGCGAAUCAUAAAAACUCCCAAGUUUAAAAAGCUGAUGAAAGCCUUUGACAAUAUACAGGAAACUACUUUGGCCCUUGUAAGCGAGGCACUUGAGCGCCUCGAGGCAGAGGCCAAGCAAGGCAUCCAGCGGCCGGAGAAUGAGCAAAGUGUUUUGGAGAAAUUGUUGAAGAUAGACAAAAAGGUGGCCACGGUUAUGGCCAUGGACAUGUUGAUGGCGGGUGUAGAUACGACAUCCAGCACAUUCGUUGGCGCAUUGCUGUCCCUUGCCAAGAAUCCUGAGAAACAGGAGAAGCUGCGUGAGGAGGUGAUGCGAAUCCUACCGAACAAGGACUCCGAGUUCACAGAGGCCUCCAUGAAAAAUGUGCCCUAUUUGAGGGCCUGUAUUAAGGAAUCGCAGCGCAUCUAUCCCCUUAUCAUUGGCAAUGGUCGCACCACGGCACGUGACUGCGUCCUGAGUGGUUAUCAAGUGCCGGCAGGCACUUUUGUCUCCAUGAUUCCUUUGGGUUGUCUUAAAAAUGACAGCUACUUUCCACGUGCCGGCGAAUUUUUGCCCGAACGUUGGCUGCGUCCAGAUUUGCGGGUCGAUGCCGAAGGCAAUGGUUCGGACAACGCGUUAAAGCUCACCAAUCCAUUUGCUUUCCUGCCCUUUGGAUUCGGACCACGCAUGUGUGUCGGAAAACGAAUUGUGGACAUGGAACUAGAACUGGGAAUAGCGCGAAUCAUUCGAAACUUCAAAGUCGAGUUCAAUCACCCCACGGAAAAUGCAUUCCGCUCGGUGCUCAUCAACAUCCCCAACAUACCACUGAACUUUAAAUUUACCGACAUAAGCAACUGAUAUUGGGCUUGGCAUUCGGCUGUGGACAUUGGAAAAUGGGUUACCAAAUUUAUUGUUUAGAUAGUGAUAUACCCAUGUUGUAAAUAAAUAAAACGAACCUUUUCAGUUUACACA